AUGAGCGAUUUGGAAGAAACGUGCGCCUCUCUGCGAGCGCAAAUCGCAGCCACCGAGACACAGCUUGCGGGGCUCAAACGGGAGCUCGCCAGGGCUCAGGAAGCUGCCGUGGCAAAGUCGAAUAACGCAAAGGUCUCGGACAGCAAUGAACAUGCUCAGCCAACACCGGAGUCUCGAUGGCCCUUGCUACAAGAGGAAUAUAAGAGAUAUGGCAGGCAGAUGAUUGUGUCGCAAGUCGGGCUGGAGGGUCAACUGAAGCUGCGCGCGGCUAAGGUGCUUCUGGUAGGGGCUGGUGGUUUGGGAUGCCCUGCUGCACAGUAUCUUGCUGGUGCGGGUGUCGGUACUCUCGGCCUGAUUGACGGAGACACUGUCGAGGUCUCGAAUCUACAUCGUCAGGUCCUCCACCGUAGCCGCAAUGUCGGCAAGUACAAGGUGGACAGUGCCAUUGAGACUUUGCGAGAGCUGAAUCCUCACCCGACCUACAUUGCUCACCGAACACACCUCACGCCUGGUGAAGCGCCUACGAUCUUUGCUCAAUAUGACCUCAUUCUCGAUUGUACGGAUAAUCCUGCGACACGGUACCUGAUCUCCGACACUGCAGUGCUCUUGGGGAAACCAUUGGUAUCUGCAUCCGCCCUUCGCACCGAAGGACAGUUGAUGGUGUUGAACAAUCCUCCGCGGCCACCUGGGGAUAAAGAAGGAGGGCCUUGCUAUCGCUGUGUGUUUCCAAAGCCCCCUCCCGCCGAUAGUGUGGUUAGCUGUGCGGAUGGUGGUAUCUUGGGGCCCGUGGUUGGAACCAUGGGUGUGUUACAGGCACUCGAAGCGAUCAAGAUCAUCACUGCUGGGUCUGGCCAAGGACAUGACACUGGGGCGACUGUGCGAGAAUCUCCGCUACUGCACAUCUUCUCGGCGUAUUCCAAUCCCCUAUUCCGCACGAUCCGCAUCCGUUCCCGCCGGACCAAUUGCUCAGUUUGCUCUGCGGAUGCCACGGUCACAUUAGAUACGAUCACCUCUGGGUCUACUGACUAUGUGUUCUUCUGCGGUUCGGCUCAUCCACCCUCACUCCUCGCUCCCGACGAGCGCAUCUCUGCGCGAGAGUAUCACGACAAGUAUCCACCUUCUGUUCUCAGACCCCAAGGUCCCUCUAACCAGGCGUCCACUUCAAGAGGUCACACCAUUAUUGACGUACGAGACAAGGUCCAGUUCGGGAUCUGCAGUCUGGAAGAGAGUAUCAAUAUUCCCAUCUCGAACAUUCUGGCCUCGCCAUCAAUGGAGGAAACUCCCUCGUGGGUUCCAGCCGAGCUGGCCGCCUCAGAGUACAAUGACCCAAUCUACGUUGUCUGUCGACUUGGCAACGACUCUCAACUUGCGGUCCAGAGAAUGAAGGAUCUGGGACUGGACCGCCAUGGGCAAAGAUACAUUGGUGAUAUCCGAGGUGGACUCCGCGCUUGGCGAGAGCAAGUGGACCACGAAUGGCCAGAAUACUAA